UUCUAAUGCAACAUGUUUCCAAAUAUUAAAAAAAAGAGUCAAAUCUAGGCCCUGCUGAUGGGGUUUGUAAUCUCAGGUUCUUUCUGUGGUCUGUGGUUCAUCCUUGAUUUUGAUCUAUCAAGUGUGGUCCUUCCAUCUAAAGGAUGAUAAAAUCUGCUUUCCCUUUUUUAGAGAUCUUCCUGGGCAUCCUCGGUUUUGGUCUUGGCAUCAUGUUCUGCACCACUUUCUGCAAAAUGUGCACACGCUUAAGAGAGGAUCAGAUUGAAAGGGAAGCACAAAUGCGCUUGGACCGGGACAGCCACCUGCGAUCCAUUUAUGUCAUCCCCUUUCCUAGAAGCAGGUCACAAAGGGACAGUGAAGAGCUCAGUGAGGAUCUCAACAUACUACCACCUUUUCACAACUCGGUCUAUUAUGAGCCUCCACCUUCAUAUAAUGAGCUGGGAAUUAAGCCCGAUGAUCUCCCUCCUCCUUACACAGAAAGUAGUUUACCUGUGUACACCUCAGCACCAUCACCAACUCACACAGAAGCGGUAGAGUCGUAAACACACUCAACCAUAAGGCAGGACCAUCACACUGUGACUUUGUUGAUAUGGACAGUCCUGCACUGCCUCCAGGAGUUGAAUGAACCAGAGCCUAUAAUGUUUCUAACAAUUUUUGUUCUUUGUGGUGAUGGAUGCAUUGAUGGCACAAAAAAGAGCUAAUGAAACAAAAUGCACAAGGCUGUAAAUGUGUGUU